AGCACCUAACAGUCCGGUUUGGUUCUCCAGCCACAGGCGCAGUGCUGACCCCCAGCAGCCGGCUAGAGCCGGAGCUCCGAUGGGAAGCCUCUGGGUGUCUACAUGGGCUGCCCAGGCCACUUCUGAGCGAGGGCCAACAAUCAAAGCAGUUCCUGAACUGGAGAAGGCGACGGUCCACAUGAAGAAUCCUGAGCACGUGCAGCGCGUAAUCUCGGCGCUCAGGAAAGAGGGAACAGACAAACUGCAGGUCAUUUCGGACUUCGACAUGACUCUCAGCAGGUUUGGAUUUAACGGGCGACGAUGCCCCACGUCGCACAAUAUCCUAGAUAACAGCCGAGUCAUUAGCGAAGAAGGCAGGAAAAAGUUAAAAGAUCUACUGCACUAUUACUAUCCAAUUGAAAUUGACCCCAACCGGACCAUGGAAGAAAAACGUCCCCUCAUGGUGGAAUGGUGGACCAGAGCCCAUGACCUCUUGUUGCAACAGAAGAUUUUGAAAAGUGACAUAGCCAAGAUCGUCAGAGAAUCCGAGGUGAUGCUCAGGGACAGAGUCAACACCUUCUUUGACCAACUCCACCAGCACAACAUUCCCCUGUUCAUCUUCUCGGCCGGUGUGGGCGACGUCCUGGAGGAGGUCCUCCGGCAGGCCAAGGUGUUCCACCCAAACAUCAACGUGGUGUCCAACUACAUGGACUUCGAUGACAAGGGCGUCCUGAGACAAUUUAAAGAGCCGCUGAUCCACACCUACAACAAGAACAAUGCAGUCCUGGAGAAGACGGAACAUUUCCAGCUGCUGAGCAGCCGGUCCAACAUCAUCCUGCUGGGGGACUCCAUGGGAGACCUGAGCAUGGCAGACGGGGUCGCCAACGUGGAGAACAUCCUCACAAUCGGAUUCCUGAACGACAAGGUGGACGAGCAACGAGGAAAGUACCGGGACGCCUAUGACAUUGUGCUGGAGAAGGACGAGACUCUGGAUGUGGUCAACGGGAUCCUUUGUUACAUCCUUGGAGACCUGAACUGAGAGCCCAGGAUCCUGACUCUGGCCUCUCAGGAUGGUGUCUUGGGACCGUGCUUCCCAUGGCAGAGUCAGGGCGAUUUGAAUCCAUCUUGAUGCCCUCGGGAGUUCCCCCCACCCCACCCCCCCGGCUCCCUCCUGGGCUUUUAUAAAUACCCUUUUGUUCGUCACUCCUGGGAUUGAGGGGUGAGCUGGAGAAACUCUCUGCUUGCCCCAACUACCUCCACCAUGUCUCUGCUCAAACCCCAGCCGGCGCUGCUCCCGGCUCGUGUCCCAUCCCACGAAAGCUCAAAGCCACCAAGGCAGGGUCGUCGUUUGGCUAGCCAGGCCGUCAGCCAAACGACCCAGAAUUAAAGAUGCCUUGCAGAGCUGGGGACCCACGUGUUUAAAUGGGUUCGUUCUGCCGCCCUAAUCGCCUCUGUCGGGGAGCAGGCACCUGUUUGUUGUAGGUCCAUCACAAAGCGUUCAGGCCGGACUCCGGCUGCGUGGUUCAGCUGCAUAGCAGAAUUACAGCUUGCCCUGUGCUGGGGGGCGUAGGGGUCUGCAAUUUGCUGUGGAAACCCUACAAAUCCCCUGGUCAGUUCUCUGCUCCCUCUGCCUGCAACCUACUGGGACGUUUGUGGGCGUCACUGCCCCCUGGUGGCCAGAGAGGGGACCAGAGAUGAUUUUAGAGGGCGUAAGCCCCACCCCUGUCUGUGCACCGACCUGUUGUGGGUGGAGCCUGGAGCUGCUCAGACAGCAUGGUGGGCGCAGGUGGGAAAUCCGGGUUGGGGGACGUUCUGGCUGCCUGGGAUUGUCGCUUGGAACAUUAACACUUUGGGUUUGUGAGAUGAUUGUGCAGAUGCCGUGAUGCUUAAAGGGGUGGGACUCUUGUGAGGAUUCCUGUCCGAGAGCUGCUUGUGUGAUGAACGCAAGGGCUGAGUUUGGUCAUCCCGCGGUGGAGCAGGGUUUGCUUGGCUGCUGUGUUUUGCUGGCAGAAGGACGGGGUUGUGGUGUGCAGUGAAUCCCACUGGCAAGCGGCUCUCGCUGGAGCAACGAGGCUCCGCUGGCCAGUCACGCGGUGCUGUGGAGUGGAGUUGUUACAGCUGAAAAGUCAGGCAGCAGGUUUGUCAUGUGUGGACGGGGGUGUUGGGGGGGACGCAGUGGCAGCCGUGGGUCCUCGGGGUGGGUAGUUUAAAGGCGGCUGGGACGGAGGGAGGGCAGACUAGUUGUGUGUGGCGUUUUGAAGCGUGACUAUUGUAUAACUCACCUUUUGUGCCGGGUCUGGGGUCUCCGGGCAGCACGUCUGUCAGCAAUGUAAACUCUCUCUCCCUCAGAUACAAAAAAAUGGAAAAGAAAAGCAGCCCCUCUGGGCCCCGUCUGCUGGGAUCCCUUCCGGGCAGGACAGUCACACUGGCCUGAAAGAGGGGCUGAGGCUAAGCAGGCGUUUUGGGUCCCCCAUGUGCCCAUGGAAGGGCCGGCUUUACUUGCUUUACCGCGCAGAAAGCUUCCUUUAAGGAUCGGCAUUUCCAAAGGAGCAGGAACCCCAUGUCCCUCAUGCCGAGUUCAGCCCUCUGGCCUGGGUACGUGAGAACUGCCUACCGUGGCAAUCCGGGCUCUGCCUCGGUGGCAUUUAACUCAUCCUAGGGGGACCCAGACUCCUGUACUCGGCAGCUGGAUGGGGGACAGACAGCUGCUUAUCGACUGGGCUUGGCCUGCGUGCUGCGAACCAUCGGAGAGUGCAGAUGGCUCUUUCAGAGCUCCCUGUCCCGCCCUGUAAAACUCCAUCUCCUUUCACGCUGCUCCUGUCGGGGAGAGCCAGAGGCUCGCGUUACAUUACAGGUCUCCUCUGCGGGUGGAAGGGACCUCGGUUCCUGCCGUGCAAAUUGUUCCUAGUCCUGUUCCUGGCGAGGUGCCGUCCACGUGGCUGUCUCGCUGUGACCCAGCCUGGCAUUAGCAACCCAGGCCCCUGCAUUGUUUGGGAAGCGAAGACACUUGUCAUUUGCCUUGUAGGAGCUGGGCUGGUCCAGGUUCACAGGCAGCCAUUUGGCU